AUGAAUAGUCGUGGUGUGUUGCCGGAAUUUUGGGAAGUUUUCCCGUCCCCAGGUUUCGUGUUCAAAUUCAGCAAGUUGGGCAUUCCGACUGGCGACAAGGACGAUGCCGCAAAGCUCUUCAUCAACGUUUGUCAUUGUAAUGACCUUCCGCCGCCACUUGAAGACUUGACCGAGGAUGAACUCGCCACGAGAAUUGAUUCCGGCGACUACACGUUUCGCAUUCCUUUGACUAUUGGAGCGUUAGAAGAAGUGGUCGAUAACAAGGGAAAGAUGUCGAAGAAGAUUGACAUCCUCGUCAAUUCUACAUUCUAUGAACACCGCCUCGCUUCGAAAAACGAUAAAUUCUAUCGCCAUUAUCUUUGCAUGGUGAUGUGCGACGCGAUUAAAGACAAGCACGACAUUCAACUAGAUCCGACCAAUGCGAUCACGCUUGUGAAUCGUGUGAAAGUGGGGAUGAUCGAACCGCAAAGGAUUAUUAAAAAACCUCAGGCGGGAACUAAAGUUAAAGAAGUCAGCGAGAAGGCAGAAUCUAGCGUGGUUGUUGAAUUGGAUGCUUCAGACACGUUGAAACCAGAUGAGAAUGAGGCCAUAGAGGACAAGACGCCUGGCUGUUUUACGAUAAGAUGGCUCGGUGAUAAACUCGAGCUGAAGUUGAAGGUUCCAGAGGAGAUUACAUCUGAGGAGUGUCUCACUCUGCGCCUCAAAUCCGAUCGGUUACAACUGCUGGUUCGAAAUAGCCACUCAUUGUUCGACUUCCGUUUCCCGGUGCUCAUUGACCCCAGCGUUGCUCGAAGCCACUUUGACGUCUCGAAACGAGUGGUUGUUGUUUCAUCAAGAUGCCUCCUGCCU